UCUAGUUUAUGCAUAUUGUCACCAACCAAACGUAAAACUAAAAGUAUAAUAUAAGUAAAGGUCUGCGUAACGUCGCAGUAUAAAAAAUAAAUAUGUUCCGAAAUUCAAUGCGAUUUAUUAGAAUUGGAAAUCAAUGUAAAAGAAUAUAUGUUGUACAUAAUUAUAAUGGUACGAAAUACUUUAGCAGCUUAUCUCAGCUGCCUAUUCACUCGAAAGAAUCUCUAAAAAGGCCUUCUUUGAAUCAGUGUAGUUAUCGCACAAUGUUUAUUCAGACACAAGAAACACCUAAUCCGAAUAGCUUAAAGUUCUUACCUGGCACCAAAGUUUUAGAGCCUGGUCAAACUAUGGAUUUCCCUAACAUUGGAGCUGCACAAUGUAGUCCUUUAGCUAAAAUGUUAUUUCGCAUCGAUGGAGUUAAGGGAAUAUUCUUUGGAUCAGACUUUGUUACAGUCACAAAACAAGAUGAUGAUGUAGACUGGAAACUUAUGAAACCAGAUAUAUACGCAACUAUCAUGGAUUUCUUUGCUAGCGGGUUACCAGUUGUCACCGAUGCUAAGCCUUCUGGAGAUACACAAAUCAAUGAAGAUGAUGAUGAAAUUGUUCAAAUGAUUAAAGAACUUUUGGAUACUCGCAUUAGGCCCACUGUACAGGAAGAUGGUGGGGAUGUUCUUUUUGUUGAUUUCAAAGAUGGUGUUCUCCGCCUAAAAAUGCAAGGAUCUUGUUCAUCUUGCCCUAGUUCAAUUGUCACACUUAAGAAUGGUGUCCAAAACAUGAUGCAGUUCUAUAUACCAGAAGUUUUGGCAGUUGAACAAAUUGAUGAUGAUGGUGAUAAGUUGAUUGAGAAGGUGUUUAAAGAAUUUGAGAAACUUAAAACCAAAGAAAAACAGGAAUAAAAUGAUAUAAACAUUUGAAAUAAGAAAAAAAAAACUAUAUUUUAUUUAUUACUCAGCAAAAUUAUCGAUA